AUGUCUCGACACGACUCGAGGUCAAACCAUGCCGGGUGGAAGUCGAUUGUGACCGAUGUAGUGCAUACUGUCAGAAUCGUUUUCAAUCGAUCAUGGCGACGAACUCUUCAUGCCUGGCUUCUGGUGCCAUUCGGCCUUUGCAUUGUCCUCGCCAUCUGCUUCGGCUUCGAUCGACUGAUAUCCCUCACCUCCGUAUCCUUCCCAGCAUCAGUGGCCUGCAUGAUCUUACUCUUUUUCGCUCUGAUCCUUUCUUCGAUCGUGCUUGGGGAGCGAAGGACGAAGACUAUCGUGGAGUACAUCGAUGUGCCCUGCGGCUGGGCUUUGCGAUACAUCGGGAUCCUAGUCUGUCCAGGCUUCGUUGUGCUACCUCUCAGUCCGUCAAUCAGUGGCAUUGAGGUCGGAAAGAUCAUUGUUGUGACUGUGGUCGGCUGGAUCGUGGUGUUCUGCUUCACUGCUUACCUCGUGCGAGCAACGCUUCUGCUGCUUGGAGCGUCAAAGAAAGGGAUGACGACCAGAGCAGAAGAGCUUGGUCCCGAGCAGGAUGAGAUCCCGAUGACUGCACCUCGAAGUCUAAGUAGUAGAAGACGGCCUUCUUCCGACCAGGAAGAGGAGAUCGAAGAGCACGAGGAUGCGACAUUUUCGGCUACAUUGCUGCAGCAACCAGCACGAGCGCAGAAUCCGGAUGCGGUGUUUGGCACAGGAGGCCCUCCGAUACCAGAUGCAGACACAAGCUUACUGACUGAAGUCCGCCCGGUGUCGAUCCUGCGACAUGACGAUGUACCACGCACCAGACCCGAGCGGUGGACUGCGGUCAUCAGCGUUCACCUUGAUAUGAUCUCUUACGCCACGCUCUUUGUUGUGAUAGGCAUCCCGAUCUAUUAUGCCGCAGGCUAUGCAAUGCCGAUUCAGCUCUGCCUGAACGUACUCACCUACCAAGCCGCCGCCAGUAUGCCUGGACGCUGGCAGCAGUACUUCCAUCCGAUAUUGGUGUCCUCUGGGGCGACGAUUGUCGGUAUCUGGGUCCUGGCUCUGAUCCGUGGCGAUGCGCUGGCUGAUGGUCUACGAGACUACUCCAAAGAGCUGACAUACAUCAGACUCUGGAGCGGUGCCCACGGCGCACCAGGAGCAGGCGACAUACUGAGCAGCUUGAUCGCUGCUAGCAUUGUGGGAUUGGCCCUGCCGAUGUUCAAAUACAAGGACGAGCUGCAGCGGAACUUGUUCGUAAUCGCCAUUCCGAACGUCACGCUGGCUGUGGUCUCCUUGUUUGGAUACCCGGCUGUGUGCUAUGCGAUUGGCAUCGCGAACACCAACAGUAUUGCUUUCGCAUCUCGAAGUCUGACGCUCGCUCUGGCACAAAUCGCCGUGGAGAAUCUGGGAGGCAACCUGAACGUGGGAUCUCCAGUGGCUAUCUUUUCCGGUAUCAUGGGCGUGCUGAUCGGUAUGUGGGUAUUGAAGAAUAUACGCAUAGCAGAGGAUGACUACAUCACGCGUGGGAUUACCAUGGGUGCCAAUGCGAGUAGUCUGGCCACUGCGAUGCUGCUGCCCAUUGAUCCAAGAGCCGCGGCGUUUUCGAGCUUGAGUAUGGGUUUAGUCGGUGCGACCACUGUUGCGAUGACCAGUGUGCCGCCUUUGGUUGCAAUAGUACGGGGUGUUGUAGGUCUGUAG